AUGAUUGUUAUAGCCCCCUGUAAGCAAUUACAAAAAGAGGAAAGGGCUAAGCCUUUCAAACCUUUGAUGGACAAGUUAACUAAAAACUGUUCAGAGGAGGACUUUUUACAUGCAAUUUCUCAAAUUCAAGAAUGGGACAGAUCAAGAGAUGAUUUAUACGUUUGGAUCCCAGUUUUAGAUCGAAUGGAUGAAAUUUUAAAAAAAAUUGUAGAAAAAUAUCAUUAUAAACCAACUAUUAAUGAGUCAGAUAAUACUGAGUCCCCUGUUAAGUUAAUAGUUAUGAAUCAAGAAGAUGAAAAUAUAGUCGUUACUAUAACUGCAUUCACUGCAAGACUUUUAUACAACUCAACUGGUGUUUCUGUUUAUUCUUCUUUGGACCGCAUGUGGUGUUUAAUUAACUCUCCUAAUUUCAAAGUUAAAAUAGGUGCCAUGGAAAUUAUGGCGCUUAUGGCUGAAAGACACUCCCUUCUUGGCGAAAAAAUUCCCAAUACGUCACCAUUAGCCGAUAAUAAUUUAAAGGAAAAGGCCAAAAUGUUAAUUCUAUCUUUACCAAGUUCUGCGAUGGAUGAUUCAUCAAACCAUUUUUCCUUGGUCGAUUUAUUUUUUGAUGAAAAGAAGUAUCCUUCAAGCUGGGAUAAUUUAAAAUUUAUGUAUUAUACCCCCAAGAAUGUAAUGAAGUUUUUCAAGUUAAACAAAGAACAAUUAAAAUCAUUAACUUUACAGCAAAUAUUCGACAAAGGGAUGUGUGAAAUUCCUGCUGAUAGGUGGUUUGAAUUCUCUGUAAAAAGUACGAUUGCCAAAGCCUUCAGCGAUGAUUCUUUUGAGAAUAAAGAACUAAGAAAUAGCGCCAUUCGUGUAAAAUUGAACUCCUUAGCCUAUAUAAAUAUUGUUUUACCGCCACCCAAAGUUAGUUCUACUGUCUUUGAAAUUGAUACCUAUAUUUUUGAAUGCUUAAAUGAGUUUAUUAUGUUAUCUGAGACAAAAUUACCCAGAAGUAUCAGAUCUGAUGCUGUUUUCGCUUUAGAAUGUAUCUCUUUGAGUAAAAUUUGGUGUUCAGAUAUAGUGAAAAAUUUAGGGGGUAAUAUGCCUCAUGGAAUUUUAUUUCAAGCUUUGAAAUACAUCGCAAAAAUUAUGAGGGAAAACAAAGUUGAUGAAGUUGAUGAAAAUUAUAAUGUGAGAUUUUUUUAUUUGAUUUCCAAUAUAGCAGGUAUGAAUUCACUACAUGACACUUUAGUCUCCUCAGGAUUAAUUUCUAGUUUAUUGGAAAUUAUUUCUAUUCCCAAUUGCAAAUUUUAUAGAACGAUGGCCUCCGCCUCUCAUUUAUUGAAAAUUAUAUUAUGGGAUUUUGAAACUGCUACCCAAUUUUAUAAUGAUAAUGGAUUCAACAUACUAAUACAGUGUAUCACAAAUGAAGUGAAGUUUGCCAUUGAACAUCCAGAGUUUGGGAAACCUUCUCCCUAUGUUAAAGUUUAUUAUUCUUUCUCAUUUAGACAAUUGAGCUUUAUGAGAGCUCUAUUAAAAUUAGUUCGUACUGUUUUGAGUUGUGAUUCCAGUGACAGAAUUCGUAACUUAAUAGACUCACCUAUUUUGCCCGCAUUAAAUAAAAUUAUCGAAAAUAGAUCCAUUUUCGGCUACACUUUGGUUGCUGAUGCUUUAGAAGUUAUUCAAGAUAUGAUCAAUUCGGAACCAACCAUCUACCCAAUUUUGGUUGAAUCACAAACUAUCAGCACCAUUUUCAAUAAUUUCGACAACUUUUUAGGUCCUUGCGGAAGCUUGUUAAAAACAUUACCAACUUUAAUUUCUGCUAUUUGUUUGAAUGUUAAUGGCUUGAAAGAGGUUAAGGAACGGAAACUUGUGAGCAAAUUAUUUGAAGUUGUUAAGAAUGUGGAAUUUGCUAAAAUUAUUGUAUGGGAAGAACAUGACUACCAUUAUGGCAAUGAACUAGAUGAAUUGGCACGCCAUUAUCCUGACUUAAAACCAGAACUUGAAGCAGGGUUUAUACAAACCAUAAAGGACGUAUCUCGUCAAAUUUCCUUUUCACAACCUUCUAUUUAUACCUCUACCAAGACGGGAUGUACCGAUAUUUUUUAUAAAUCCGAAUCGACUGAGGUAAUUGAUAUGGAGGAAGGCGCUAAGACCAUGGAGGUAUUUGAAAUACAGGACUCAUCAUUUGUUCUAUCUGUUUUAACUGCUCUGAUAUCUGCAUGUUCAUGGCCUGCUCUUGUGGAAGAACUAGAACCAAAAGACAUUUAUAGUUUGAUUAGUGUUAACAAUAUGCCAUUUGACUUCAUUAAUUCAAACGCUUGCAUGGAAUUCGUAGAUUUUAUUAUUUCCCUAAAUGACCAAAAAAACACUUUUGGUUUUGAGGAACUAAUCGAAACUGUAGCCGCCAAAUUAACGGAAAUAGGCACGUUUUUAACUUAUAGUAAUUCAAAAUCUUUCAUCUUGAAUAAUAGUUAUGAGACAGUUAAAGAUUUAUUCGAAAAGGUUAAUACUAUUUGUGGAUUACUAAAUGUAUUAGGGAGGGUUUAUAUGAAUUAUCCAUCGUUGUAUUCAUCUAGAAUUGCUAUAUUAUUUAAGUUUGUUAAGGAGGGUAGUUUUGAUUUACUUGAUAAUUUAUUCAAGUUGUUUGAAAAAUGUUCGCUUGAAGAAUUCUACAUUCGUGAAAAAUUACCAACUAAAGUUUGUGAGGAGACAACACCACAAAGUUCUACCCGUUAUCCUCCACUUGUUAUUCAUAAGGGUACCAAACUACUUGAUUUGAAAUUCUAUUCCAAGAAAAACUCAGCCAAAUUCAAAAACACUUUCCAAAUUAGGUUUGUUCUAAACAAAAUCCAAUAUGAAAUUGCUGAAAUGUUGAGAUCGCUUGUAAAAUUAAGCAGUACUAAAGUUUUCACCUUUGAUAAAGAACACAAGACAUGGGAAAUUAAGUUAAGAGGCAUGGUUGUUCAAAAUAUAUCAAAUCUAUUAGAUUUUGGAACUUUGCCAAUUGAAAAAUAUUAUAGCCAUUACUUAGUGCUUUUGCAUUUUUUCAACGACAUAUUAACAUUGCCAUACGGUGGAAAUAGCAUUGAACAUUUGCAAAUCGUUAGUAUUUCACUAUUUUACAAAUAUAAGGUUCAUGAGAAAUAUUUGUACAUCAUCGAGAAUAUUUUAUCGCUACUACCAGCCAUUGAUUUUGAAUUUAGUCCAGAUAUUGGUAAAAUUAAAUAUAUAAAAGAUGACAAAAACAUUCUUUUUUUGCUAUUCAAAUUUAGCACUAAUUUCCUAUCAAGAACCAUAGAUUCUAAAUAUUUGGAGGAGUCUCAUUCUGUUACCUCCUAUUUUUUCGAUGAAGAUGCUGAAAUGCAACGUAUGCAAGGACACAUUCCCACAUGUUUCAGAGAUAACGUGAAAAGCGUUCUGUUGUCCCAUUAUAGAAAUUUAUUAACGGAGAACUUAUGGCUCUUAUCAACCAAGAAAUUAUCAACCAUAUUUGCAGAUGAAUUGAUUGUUUUUUUUGCUGCCUUUUUCAAGUACACAAAAUUUCCAGAACGUGAACCGGAAAGAGUUCCAUUGGCAUAUGUAAGCUGGGAUAAACAAAAACCAUCUUAUGUGAAAGUUAGCUUACUAGAAAAAUAUGGUGUUUCUCACGAGGCUGCUGUAGAUUAUUUGAUAAAAUAUCAAGAUAAGUUACCACGAGAAAAGAUUGACUUAAUUGCUGAUUGGGAUGGCUAUUCUAAGGAGCUUCUUUCUGCAGAUGUAUCUUCUUCAUUUAAACCCGACUAUAUGGUUUCUGAAGCGGAUUUGCAGUCUUUUGAAACACGAGUGGGCGAUUUUAAAAAAUGUGUGUCUCUAAAACUAAUUAUUGACAUGUUUGUCAGUUAUCCAGACGCUGCACGCUCCAUAUAUUCGUUACUACUGGAAAUUAACGAAGAUGAUAGAGACAUCCUUUUGGAAAAUAUUUUAAAAAAUAUUGAACAAAAUUUAGAAAAAAAUAACAGUGCGUGUAUAGGACCAUCGUUUUCUUUGUUUGGAAAUGUAUUGAAGAGAAUGCCAUUAAGUACUUAUCCUCAUAUCAAAGUUUUGGAUAAAGCAUGUCAUAUAAUUAGUGAUUAUUUAUCAACUGAAUGUGCACAAGAAAGCUUUUUUUCCGAGUUACUAUUUGCUUAUGAAACGAUUUUUGCGGCCAAUCAAAUUCCAGAAGCCGAGUCAGUUUUAAAUGAUGUCGUGGUUCCUUUUAACUCAAAUAUCACCAAGAUUCAUGUGCCUAAAGAAAUUAGCUCUAAAAUAUACGAGUGUUUAAUUAAAGUUAGAGAAGUGACAAAUAUUAAAUCUGCCAUUUCUAUAACUAGGGUAUUGGUGUUGUACGCAAAGGAUUACAAUCUAGCAAAACAAAUUGCAAAAUCUGGAGUAUUAUCUUGUUUAUUAAAAUGCAUUGGUGUUAACCAAAAAAAUGAAAUGCUAGCUAUGCUAGAAGGCCCAUUUUUAGUUUUAUUGCGGUUUUGCUUCGAAACUAGGGAAAUAGUAAAAGAUGUUAUUUCAUAUGAAAUCGAGAAAGCCUUUACAACUCGUGCGAUUGGUGAUGAAAGUGAAAAACAACGCAACUUAUCCACUUUGCUUUUGGAAAAGGCUAAUUUAGUAUUGAGAGAUCCUGAUGUUUUUGUUGAUGUGUUAUCCAAGGAUGCAAGAUUUGAAUCAUUUAAUGGCCAAAAUGAACUAGAAACACCGAUGGUUAGAAGAUAUAUUGAUCCUUCAACUGAAGAAUCUAAUAAGAAAACUCAAGAUAACUCAAAUUUUGGCAUUGCUUAUAGAACUGGGAUUGUUCAUUUGUUAUUUGCACAACUAAUGGCAGCUAGUAAAAAAGACUGGUUAUCGGAACCACCCUUGAACGAGGAAGAAAAAUCCAAGUUGGCAAAAUCAAAAAAAUCAAACACUUCUUUUAAAAACCCUGUUUGGUUAUACAUGGUAUUUUUGUUACAAGUAUUGAUUGAGCUUGUAGGUAGUUACAAACAAGCCAAGUUUGAAUUAUUGACUUUUUCUAAAAGAAACAUAUAUUCAAAUUCCACAAAACCACGUCCAACUUUUAUAAAUUUUUUACUAUUUGAUCUAUUAUCAUUGCCAAAGAAGGAUAAUAUCGAAGCUAAAAGAUCUUUGAUUAACGAUUUGGUUAGUACUUUAUUGUGUGCAUUCUUAUCUUCUCCUCCAGUUGUUAAAAAGUUAAAAGAUAAUAAACCAAGUUUCAAAUAUGUAGAUGCUGACAUUGUUUUUAUCCAGAAAUUUUCAUUGGAAUGUAUUUUAAAAGCUUUAAAUGGUGUUUCUGAGUCGAACAAAUCAAUACUUGAAAAUAUUAGCAAAAUUCAUAUAUGGUUCAAGCUAAUCGAAAUUGUUUUAACGUCCAAGAAGGCUAAUUUGAUGGAUGUGAUUGGUCAUGUUAUGUACACGUCUGAUAGGUGUUCGCUUUGCAAGAUUAUGCUUGAUUUAGAUUUGCCAAAUGUUAUAACAUCCUCUAUUGCCAAUUUAGAUAUGAACUAUCCACCCGCAGUAAAACUGUUUAAUGUGUCAAUCCAAAGUUUAAAUGCAAUAAGUUCUAUAAGGGAAAAUAAUGUGGAUUUAUUUGAUAUUGGGAACAAUGAAGAGGAUGUAGAAGAGGAUGUUGAAUCGGAAAAAGAGGAGGACACAAAUAUGUUUAAAAAUUCAGCCUUGGGGAUGUAUGAUGUAGAAGAUAUUGAAGAUGAAGAGGAUGAUGACAAUGACAUUAUAGGUGAUGACGAUUCUUUAUUAGGAGAUGACGAUAAUGAUGAAAUUGCCUUUGUAGAUGAAGACCAAGAUAUGGAAGUUGUAUUCAGUGACGGGGAAGGUGAUGACGAGGAAGGAGAAAGAGAAAGAGAAAGAGAAAGAGAAAGAGAUAGAAGUAAUGUUACUAGUCAUUUUGAAAAUAUUGACGAUUACGGAGUGAGUGAUUCCGAUAUAGAAAUUGAAGUUAUACGGGAUGAAGAUUUGGAGGAUGGUGAAUCAGAUACUAAUGAUGAGCAAGAAGAAAGAGACUCUGACAACAUGUCUAUUGAUAUUGAGGAAGAGGAAGAAAUGCUGGAUUUUUACAACUCUAUUGAGGAUCAAUCUGACUGGGAUUCUGGUAUUUCUGAUUUUUCCGAUUCCGAAAUUGAUGCGGAUGACGAACACCAUGCUCCGUUAUUUGAAGAUGGUAAUUUUGAUCAAGAUGGUUAUGAAUCCCAAAUUGAAUCGGACAUGGAACCUGUUUUUGAAAUACAUGAGCCUGAAGAUGCAACUGGUAACAUAAUGGACAGAUGGCGUUCUUUUGGAGGCAAUGUGGCACGUGUUAGCCAAGUUAGAACUACGCACUUCAAUGACACGCCAAGCACACAUCCUCGUAGUCACCUAAACCGUCGUCGCCAUUCGCGUAACUCUCAGCACCAUAUGGAUUCACAUGACAUCUCUACACACUUUAUUUACCUAAGAGACAGAAACAUGGGCGAUAUUGCCAAUUCACUAUCAAAUAUCUUUGGUGGUCCCUUUCAAAAUGAAGGAACUCUGGGUGGUGAUGGAUUCUUACAUGAGUUCAUGACUCCUCUAGAUUUUGAAGUAUUUACAAACCAAUCGAGAAGCCCUGACCAACCCUUAGUCUUGGGUAGUAGGAGAGCUCGUGGAUUUAGGGCACGGACUUUUGAUUUUACUACAAGCAACAUUAUCACUGAUUUCAGAUUUAAUAUUGAAUUAUCUUCCACCUCUGUUAGAUGGGAUGAUGUUUAUUCUAUGUUUUACUCCUCAAAGUUAUUUUCUUACAACGUAAUUCCUGCAAUUGUUAAUCGUAUCUUCAACGUGAGUUUGAAGUUGCACCUAAAAAAAAAGGAAGAAGAGAUGGAACUGAAAAGGAAAAUGCAAGAGAGAUUAGAAGAAUUGAAGAGAAUUCAGGCUGCAAGAAAAAGAAAAUUUACUGAGUUAGAUGAGGAGGCAGAAGAAAAUUAUAUUGAUUCCUCCUCCGAUGAACAUACUGACCCAGUUUAUGUAGAUAUUGGUGGGCAGCCGGUUGACGUUAGUAGAACUGAUAUUGACCCAGAGUAUUUGAGAGCUUUACCGGAGGAAUUAAGAGAAGAAGUAUUUUAUGAGCAUGUAGCAGCAAGUAGAUUACGUCGUCUGAGUCAACGUGGAACCAAUCCGCAACCCAUUCGUAGAGGUAGCGAGGUCACCCCCGAGUUUUUUUCCUCCUUGCCUGAAGAUAUUCGUGAGCAAAUUAUAGAACGUGAGUCCAGAUUACAUGACGAAAAUGUUUUUGAGGAGGAUGAGGACGAUAAUGAACCUGAAAAUGUUGCAGCAAGGGAACAAAUCCAAGAAAUAUUGACAAACCAAGAACGCUUGGCCGAUAGUGAUAAUGCGGGAGGUGCUCUGUUGGAUAGAAUUAAUAGCCUUGUCAAUCAUAUUUCCUCAACAAGCAAUCCGAUAACCAACCAUAAUACUGGUAAUCAUACUACAAACAGUCAUAGUUCAAAUAAGCAGAAAAAGAAAGCUAGAAAUCACUUUUCACCAUUGCUUGAUCGUAGCGGUAUCGCCGUUGUUUUAAAAUCUAUUUUUAUACCACAAGCAUACAUAAAAAGGGAUGAUCAUCAUGUUUUAUAUCAAAGUUUGUGUUAUAGCAAGCAAAACAGAAGUGAUUUGUUAAAUUUUAUUUUGUUGAUUUUAGCUGAUGGCAUCAACUCUCAGAGCAAUUUAGAGAAAAUUUAUAAUUUUAUUUGUCGUAGGACUUCCCCCAGUACACCCAAAACUGUUCAAUUUUCUUUAAAUAUUAAUUGUUCCCCACUACUGGUUGCCAGCCAAUGUAUUGAGGCUUUGCAGUAUUUGGUGGACUGUGUUGGUAGUGUAAAAUUAUUUUUUAUUGCUGAGCAUGAGAGUUUACUGGUUAAUAAGUUUCCAUUCAAAUCUAAGAAGGAUAUAUGCACCAGUAAUCCAAAGUGGCCUAUCAAUUAUUUAUUUGUAUUGUUAACAAAGAAAAUUAUUACUGAUGAAUCUGUUUUAAUGGAUUUAGUAACAAAUAUUUUACAGUUUUGUACCAAGACUAUCAAAUCUUUAAUGAAAUCCAAAAAAUCUAAUGUGUUAGUUCCUCAUAUUGAUGCCAGUUCUUACAAUUCAAUUGUUAAUGUUUUAAAGUUGGACUCAUGUUCCACCAAAGUUUUUCAGCAGACUUUAACGACAAUGAAAAAUCUAUGUUGUAUAAAGGGUGCUAAACAAGAUUUUAUAGAGUCAUUGCAAUUUAUUGCUUCUAUUUCGGUAACGAAGUUGAUCGAGGGCCUUGAUCAGUUGGCUAAAGAAUUACCCAAGGUUAAAGAAGGGAAUGAAAUUAACUCUGAGAUAAUUCAACAAUUUUUAUCGCCAAGUUCUGAACAAUCAAAACUACUAAAAGUUUUAACUAGUAUUGAUUAUUUAAGUACCAGCAAUAUUGAUAGUGGUGACGAUACUGCACAUAAAAACGAUAAAGAUGAAGUUGUGGAAGAUGAAAAAGUUUCUAGUUUGUUGAAAAUUUAUGAUGGGAUGGAAUUGGGCAAUUUGUGGAGUGCAUUAAGUAGAACUUUGACCCAAUUUGAGAACCACAAGGAACUAACCACUUCUGCUGCUAUGCUAUUGCCGUUGAUCGAAUCUUUAAUGGUUGUUUGUAAGCAUAGUAAAGUUUCUAAGAGUAAAGAACUACAAUUUUCCGAUAAGGAUACUUUUCAGGUGGAUUUCGCCAAGGAACCAGUGGCUAACCUAUUUUUCCUUUUCACUGACUCCCACAAAAAGUUGUUAAACGAAAUGAUACGUUCUAAUUCCAAGUUAAUGAGCGGUCCAUUUGCUUUACUAGUUAAGAAUUCCAAGGUGUUAGAUUUUGAUAAUAAGAGAUUUUAUUUCAUGGGUAAGAUUGAAGCCGAAAGUAAGGAUAGACAGAAACUGAGUAUCAAAGUUAGUCGUGAACAGGUAUUUAUGGAUUCUUAUCGUGCAUUGUUUUUUAAACCGGUUCAGGAAAUGAAAAAUUGUAAACUAGAGGUUACAUUUAAGGAUGAGCAAGGUGUUGAUGCUGGUGGUGUUAAAAGAGAAUGGUAUCAAAUAUUGUCUAGACAAAUGGUCAACCCUGAUUAUGCUCUAUUUACUCCUGUUCCAUCUGAUAAAAACACUUUCCAUCCAAAUCGUACUUCCGGUAUCAAUCCUGAACAUUUAUCAUUUUUCAAGUUUAUCGGAAUGGUAAUUGGGAAAGCCAUUCGAGAUAAAUGUUAUGUUGAUUGCCAUUUCAGUAGAGAUGUUUACAAGGGGUUGCUAGAUAAGCCCGUUUCUUUAAAAGAUAUGGAAUCUGUUGAUCCAGAUUAUUAUAAAUCCUUAGUUUGGAUUUUGGAAAACGAUAUUACUGAUGUUAUUGAAGAAACUUUUUCUGUGGAAACAGAUGAUUAUGGCGAACAUAAUAUCAUUGAUUUGAAGCCAAAUGGCCACAAUAUUGCAGUUACUGAAGAAAAUAAAAACGAAUAUGUUCAAAAAAUACUGUCUUAUAAGUUACAAACCUCUGUCCAAGAUCAAAUGAAUAAUUUUCUAUUUGGGUUUUAUUCAAUGGUUCCAAAAGAAUUGAUUACGAUUUUUAACGAACAAGAAGUUGAGUUAUUGAUGAGCGGAUUACCUGAUAUUGAUAUCAAUGAUUGGAAGAGUAAUACGGUCUACGUAAAUUAUACUCCUAGUUGUAAGCAAAUAAAUUAUUUUUGGAGAGCAGUUAAAUCAUUUGAUAAGGAAGAAAGAGCCAAAUUAUUACAAUUUGUUACGGGUACAAGUAAAGUCCCAUUGAAUGGAUUUAAAGAAUUAGCUGGUGUUAACGGAGUUUCUAAAUUUUCCAUCCAUAAGGAUUAUGGUGCGACAGACAGAUUACCUUCAUCUCAUACGUGUUUUAACCAAUUAGAUUUGCCAGCAUACGAUUCAUAUGAGACUUUACGUAAAGCAUUGCUAUUAGCCAUUAAUGAAGGUCAUCAAGGAUUUGGUAUUGCUUAA